AUGGUAGUCGCUCCUAGUUUAAUAUCCGCAAUUCGGGUCAUGUAUCCAUUACUUGCUGGAGCAGCAAUAGCUGGCUCAAUUGCAGAUAUUGAACAUGUCGUCCUAUUCAUGCAAGAAAACCGUGCCUUUGAUCACUACUUUGGGACUAUGGCUGGAGUACGAGGAUUUUCAGAUCCUAAUGUCCAAGUUAAUUCCGGUAAAGCCGUCUGGCAGCAAGACGUCAACUCAAACUUGACGACCUCCGCUUCCUACCUUCUCCCAUGGUAUCUCAACUAUCAAGGCGGCGAUUUCUUGGAAGCUACACAGUGUAUGGUAGCAGGAGACAAUGGGUGGCAAGAUAACCACGCUGCGUUGAAUGGGGGUUUGAAUAACCACUGGGCUACGAACAACACGCCAUGGUCCUGGGGUCACUACAGAAGAAGUGACAUUCCAGUUCAAUUCGGUAUUGCCGAUGGCUGGACCGUUGGGGACAUGUACCAAGAAUCCAUCAUUUCAUCCACAAACCCCAACCGCGUAGUAUGGGCUUCUGGUUCUAUCAACGUCCCUGGCUCCCCGCAAACUGAAUCGGAAGGCGGUUAUCCCUACAUCGACAACAACGAGACUCCUGGCUGCGAGACAGGGGGCUUUAAUUGUUAUCCGCUUUCUUGGAAGACAGCCGCUGAACAUUACCAAGAUGCUAAUGUUUCGUGGGAUGUAUUCCAAGACGCCGACAACUUUGAUGAUAACCCUCUUGCGUGGUUCAAGCAAUUUCAAGAUGCGUUGCCAGGAAGUCAACUCAACAACAAAGGAAUGGUCGGUUCUUCGCUCGAUGACUUCUACGCUCGAGCAGCAAAUGGAACUCUCCCUGCAGUAUCAUAUAUCAUAGGCCCAGCUGAACUCUCUGAGCAUCCACCGUACUCUCCACGAGACGGCGCCUGGCUGCAAAAGAAAGUCGUAGACGCCGUGACGCAGGGCAAAGGAUACGCAGAAACAGCACUCGUAAUUUCGUACGACGAAACGGGAGGAUGGGGCGAUCAUGUAGUACCAUAUCAUUCCCCAUCAGGCACGGCAGGGGAAUGGAUCCAAGAUCCUUACAACGAGGUCGGGUACACUUACAGCGGCCCUGGAUUUCGACUCCCAUUUUGUAUCAUAUCCCCGUGGACACGCGGAGGGGCCGUGUUCACUGAGCACUCGGACCACAACUCUCAAUUACUAUUUGUGGAAGAGUGGCUAGCUGCCAAGGGCAAGAAUGUCACGACGAACGAAAUGGUGCCGUGGAGACGCGAACACAUGUCUUCGCUCGUCAACGCGUUUGACUUUGCGAAUCCCGAUUAUUCUAUCCCCAGCUUGCCCGAUGCACCGGCUCCGCAUACAGAUGCGAGUGGGAACUACGACGGAGCUAGUUACUGCGAGAGUCAACAUAAAGAUACUCGACCACUUGUUCCCUACGACAACCAGAUCGAUGCUAAGAACGUGUCUAGUCUGUCUGAACAGGGAUUCAAGGAGAUGCGCGGUGCGAUGACUGAGGGACGAUUUAUCGUUUUCGAGAUGGGCGGGUACGCACUUACAAAUCCGGGGAAGCCAGCUGGUGUUUUCACAGCCACGAAAGCAACGUUGUCACAUGAGAGUAUUGCGCAGAGAUGGGUGGUGCAUAAUCUUGUGGACGGAGGAAAUACUUUUACGAUUAGUAGUGCGAGAGACGGGAGAUAUAUUGGCAGUCAUACUGCCCUGGUGAAUAGUGAGACUGGUGCCGAGACAUAUACGGUGGGGUUUGCUGCAGGAAAGGGAUAUUCGUUGCAGAAGGAGAAUGGGAAAUAUGUUACUGUUGAUGAGAACGGAGCAGUGCAGAUCGGUGAAGAUGUGACCUACUUCAGAGGAUAUAGCGUCACGUAUGCUAGUUAG